UAUACAAAGCACAGGUUGGAAAAAUGCUUGACAACAAGAAGACGCAGCGUUGAUGAGGAAGAUAUAAUUAAUUUAUGUCGGUUGAGUGAUUUUAAAUUUAAGACACAGACCAGAAAUGUUUUGUUGAUAAACAGAAAAACAAGAAAUUUAAUACACUGGAGUGGUUAAGAAGAAUGAGAAAACAUGGAUUUCAGAUUUUACUGGGCUGGCUGUUCUUGGCGACUAUCUGCCUUCUGUUGUAUUUCCCCUUCUCGCUUUCGCACACUGAGAAGGUGCCUUCUCUUCUUAUCGUCUCAUUUGACGGCUUUCGCUGGGAUUAUUUGACUCACACACCAACACCACAUUUCCAGGAUAUCAUACUCAAAGGAGUUCAUGCGAAGAAAGGAUUGCACAAUGUGUUCACCACUUCCACUCUCACCAAUCACUGGUCCAUUGUGACUGGUUUGUAUGCCGAAAGUCACGGAAUAAUUGAUAACGAGUUCUUCGAUCCUGUUAUCAAUAAAACUUACAUUCCUUUGUACAAAAACAAGAAUGCUGUGAAUGAUAACCGGUUUUAUGACACAGGUGCAGAGCCGAUAUGGGUUACUAAUCAUUUACAAAAUCAUAAUGGGAGAAGUGGAAGUGUGAUGUGGUGGGGUGCGGAAAAUGUCAUAAAAGGUGUCCGCCCAACUUAUCACAUGCCUUAUGACUUGAACGUUGAUGAGAAAUCCAAAAUUGACACAAUUAUCCAGUGGUUUACAAGUGAGUAUCCGAUUAAUCUGGGGCUUCUGUAUUUCUCCGAGCCUGAUCACUCUGCCCACAAGUAUGGACCUGACUCCUGGAACGUCACUCAAAAGAUAGCCGAAGCUGAUGAACUGACUGGUUACCUCAUAGAUCAGUUAAACAAAAGAGAUCUGCUUGAUGAUAUAAAUAUCAUCAUUACAAGUGAUCAUGGUUUUGCAGCAGUGUCAAGAGACAGGCUCAUAUUCUUGGAUGAGUAUGUUGAUCCCAAAUGGUAUCACAUGGUACACUACUCUCCUGUUGCUACUAUUAUUCCGCAUGAAGGAAAAGAAGAGAUGAUUUAUCAGCAAUUACUUCAUGCAUCAAAAGACAAUCAUUUCCAAGUUUAUAAGAAGGCUGACAUACCUGUGCGGCUUCACUAUAAGAACAACCGGAGGGUCACUCCCAUAGUUGCUGUGGCAGACAUUACAUACUCCUUCAUUAGUAACAUGUCUGCAGACAAGUUUGUCUUGGCUGGCAGUCAUGGUUAUGACAACAAGUACACUGACAUGAGGCCGUUCUUCAUGGCUCGAGGGCCAUCGUUCCAGGAGAAUUUUGCUGUGGACUCGUUCUCAUCGCUGGAUCUCUACCCUCUGAUGUGUCACCUGCUUCACCUGGAGCCGGCGCCCAAUAAUGGCAGUUUGGCCAUUGUAAAACAGCUGUUGGUCGAGCCUUCUGAGAACUCUGGGUGGACAUUUUCAACGUAUAUAGUGUGCCUGAUUCUGAUUUCCUGCGUAGGUGGUCUUUUCUCUGUGGGUGCUUGUCGCCAGCAUCGCUAUCUUCGACGGAGACUAAACCAGCUUCGAUCAGUCAGCGCUCUUGCACCAGACAAAGUGAACAUCCUCAAGCCAGAGCAUAGCACUCAUGUUCCUCUUUUGUUUGGUGAAGAAGAUGAUGAUGACGGUGAAUUGGAGGACGACUUUUAAGUACUAUACCGGUUAUUGUGACGGUUGUCAUGCAGUGGCUCUCAUGAUCUAGAGGUAGGGUGUAUGCCCGUGAAUCAGAUGGUCCGGGGCAUGAAGCUCAUCAUAGAUCAUGAACAAAUUUUCUUCACUAAAAUGUUCUCCGUUGUAUUUCUCUUGUCCUGUUGUGCCAUCUGCUUUCAUUUCCACUCUCUCUUCACUCUCUCCCAUCCCUCCCUCCCCAACCCCUGGUGUCCUCUCCGCUCCUCUGUCCCUUACUCCUGACUAUUGCUACUGCUACACAUGGCUUCUCCUUACUGCUGUCUUUCAGCCACUCCCCUGGUCUUAGGGUAGGUAAGAUCGAACGCCCAGCCUUCU